AUGGCGCUUGAAGGCAUCAAAAUGUGGUCAGAGAUCGCAACACUUCUCCACGAGUUGCAGAUCCUGCGCGAUCGGUAUCCCAGCGAACUACCCCUUGACGAUGACUUGCCCGAGGCGUUAUCAAAGGGAUUUCUCAACGCUAUAUACGUCUUGAAAGAGACGACAAAACCCCAAAUAGAUCGAAUGGAUCACAGAGAACGAAUAUUCUCGUCGCCAGAGCUUCGGAACGAAUUCUUCAGAAUAUCGCCACCAAAUACUCCAGUUACUGCUCGUGGUAAAUGCAGAUUCGAGUUGCGGCAGAAAGCUGCCAUCCGGAAGGAUCGCGAUGAAGUGCUCACUGUUCUAUCAUUGUUGUUCAACAAGGAAGCGGUAGCCCAACUGGGGCUAAAGACGAUGUUAAGCUUCCUGCGCCGCCUCAUUGAUAAGGAAGAUCAGCCUCCUACUCAUGAUAAGUCCGUCGCGGCCAUGGCAUCUGUAAAUGACAGAAAGUUAAAGAAAGGGGCAAAUGAUAAUGCAGGAGUCCCAGACAGCCUGCUAUCACACAAAAUCAUGAAGAAUCUAUCUUCGGUAGCAACGAUGACCGAGAUCCUGCACCACCUUGAGAACUUUCAUCCAUGGGCGGGUAAAUUCGGUCUGGAUCUCGCAGACGUGGACGUGCGUACGCCUAUCGAGAAUAACUUCCGAGCCGGCCUCGCAUCACGCUUGCGGCAGUUACGGCCAUUCAGGCGAGGAAAGGUUGCACUGAGAAAAGCGGCAUUGGAAGUCGGACGUCCUGUUAAGGGAAAUCUAGGUUAUCCGCAGGAGCGCAUGCAGACCCCCAAGACGAUCGAGAGGAUGAGACGCUCCGAGGAACAUCUCGACACAUUCUGGGCAUGCACCUACGAUGACCUGAAGAACGCAGGAGCUAUCACAUCAUAUGUAGACAGUGUGUGGCGGAAGCAGACACUAGUCCGCACACCAGCCUUUACUGAACACGCUCAGAAAGAACCAACGCCCAAGCCGAAACCUGAGGCUACGGUAUCGGGAGAAUCAGAAGCUACGGUAUCGGGAGAACCACUUGUCCUGCCGUUUUCUGCCCUGAAGGUCGGCUCAGAUACUCCCGUCUCGGGCAAGAACUUCGUAAUCGACAAGGAGGAUAAGCAGAAGACCCGUGGCCUACCUGAUGACCGUGUCCAAGCCGACGCGCCCGCGGCCGCCCCAGCACAAUUAGCCCUGCCCCAAAUAGUGUUCCAAGUAAGCCAAAGGGCCAUGAACACCGUGGAAUUCCUGUUCUUCGUGGAUGGUGCAAAAUAUCUCCCUGCCCACAUCGAAUGGAGAGAUGUUCUGAACCUCUUCGUAGAAAUGGGAUGCACUGCGGAAAAGCUCUGGGGAUCUACGUGGAAGUUCCGCCCUGCGCCCGAAACGGCCCUCUACGGAAAGGGGCCAGUCAAUCUGGACUCGCCUCAUGGACGGUCGAGCUCACAGUUGUGGUUUCGGUAUGCCCGACUCAACGGCCACUUCAUUAGCACGCGUUACGACAUCGAUGGAGCUAAUUUUGUGUUGAAGCCGUAA